GAGAAGACGAGGUGAAAGCAGGCAAAUAUUUUGGCACACAUAAUGGCACUUCAAUAUGUAAUGCAGUACAAUAUGUGUAGAUGUGUGUGUGUGUGGGGAGUCAACCGACAGCUUGUUAGUGGCUUUGUUGGUCAGUACUUUCAACUAAUGUGUUUUGUGCGACCAUACAAAAUCUCAAGCACCCACUUACACACACACACACACCCACACAUACACAUAUAAACUCACGUUUCUCCCUAACACACACACACUCACACACUAUUUGAUGUACUUAACUUUCGUCGUUGUAGCUAGCAGCUGCUGUUGCUGCUGCUGCUGCUGCCAUUUAGGAUGCGAACAAACCGCAGAGCACAUGUAUGUGUGUGUGUUUGUGCGAAUGAGACAGCAUUAUGCUUCAUCUACUCGAGCUUUGGCUGCCUGCAUAAAAUAACCGCAUAAAAUGUCGUUAAGCAUAACGAAAUUGAGUCUGCUCAUAAAUUCAGAUUAUAAGAUUAAAAUGUUGUGAUUUUCGCACAUUGCGCACGAACCAAAAACCCCUGGACCAGCCCUCGCGAGGCCCCCAAGUGUCGACAGCUCGAAGAAAACCCCUUUUACAUAAUGAAAUAUCGAAAGAAUGUGGCAUAUGCCAAAGCUCAAAUACUCUGUAAGAUUUCUGAAACAGGCGAAUGUUUGAGAACUAAAAAGAAAGUUCGGAUUUUUAGUUUAAAUUAAGUUAUUUAUUAGAGUAAUGAAAUUUGAAUAAUUUUUAAUUUUUUUGUUUUACUCUUAGUCUUGUUCUUUGCGCUCAUAAAUCCAACAAAAUUUAAGUUUUUCCUUCAUUUAAACUUUAAUGAAUAUGAAGAUUGUAUUCAUUAUUAAUGAAAAUAGAAAAUGAAUUUUGUUUCGAUUCAAGCUCUAUAAAGCAUAUACCCCACAGUAAAUGUGAGGGGUAUUAAAUGUGCAGCAGCCCAAGGAGCUGCUGUUUUCUUUACAUUCCCUUUUGCCGGCAGCCAUGGGCCGGGUGGCAGCUUCAGCUCCCGCAACCGCCGGGCUUAUUGAAAAAUGCGAUGAUACAAGGCGUUGAAAAUGGCCAAAUUUAAUGAGUUUACGACCAGCUCUUGGGCUUUAAAGCCAACAAGUGCUGAAAAGCGCAAAACGCGCUGUGAAUACGAAAAAACUUUGAUGAAAUUUGCAAAGGAAUGAAGAAAGAACACGAGAUAUACGACUGUAAAUUACGCUAAUUUCUCAUAUACUUCCUUCACCUUUCCUGAAAUCUACAGGGUAUACACUUUGAUAGCGGGCAGUCUAUGCCGCUUUUAAUCUUGUUAUCUGCGAAUAGUUUUGUUAAUUCCACACGUUCAACGAACUUGAAAUUCAUUAAAGCUGCCUGCCAGCGAUUAAAGCCAAAUAUUUGGUUUUGUCCCGUUCACAAAUUUGGGUCAGCUGGCAAUUUGGCUAGAUGGCUGACAACCCUGGCGGCCCGCCGCAACUCUGGUCUGCUCAUGUGAAUUUCCCAAAAAAAAAAACUAACUAAAAAGCCAUCAGCUGUCGGUUCAUUAUGAUGCUAAUUGCGACCAAAGCGAAUGAGAGCGAAUGAGCUUGAGAGAGACAAAGGAAGAGAGAGAGAGUGUGUGUGAGUGUGUGACAGAGCGCGAAUUGUGUGUAGAGGAUUAGUUAACAACGUGCAAAUGAUAUGCAACGUGCCGCAUGUAGCAUGCAACAUGCUGCCUCACGCUGCCAGAGGGCCCUGUCACUUGACCCAUAAACAGUUCGUUUGGCCUAAUCCAGUUAUGCAUGCAUCUGGAUUAGCGUGUGAAAACGCGCAGGACUCUCAUCCUUGCGGCCUGCUCCUGCUGCUGGCUAUCGCUGCUGCUGAUGCUGCCACUUUUUGCGGCAGCCGUUGCGACUUUACGACACUUUUUAGGUAAUGAAUGGGAUUAAGCACACUUUUUUUUUUGUUUUUGUUUUAGUAAUCCAGUUGUAAAAAAAAAAUGCAAUCAUUUCAAUGAACCAUAAAAAAGGGCACCUUUACCUCGUUGACCUGUGCCACAGCAGCAGCAGCAGCAGCAGCGCAGCAGCCGCGUCGUAGCUCAUGAAUGAGCAGGUAUUUGCCGUGCCACCCGGAUUGUGGCAUAAAAGUGAGCAACAUCCGAGCUGAGGACAGCAAACGCAGUUCAGCAUUCCAGCAGCCAAGAUGUGCAAUCCACAACAGACGCCGACUUCAGAGCAACAACAACAACAACACGCAGCAGCCAGCACAGCCUAUGCCCUGUACUUGCAUCGCGAGGAGCUGAGACGCCGCAAGCUGCAUUCAGUUCGCACCUCGGCCACAAAGAUACAGCUGACCAAUGAGUUAAUUGCCAGAACCAAGCAGAACAUACGCGAAUGCAGCGAUGAGGACCUGGAGAUACUCGCCCGAGAGACAAUAUUUAAGAAGAGUCUGCAGCGACAUUUACACUACAGACGCAUGCAGCUGCAGGCCUGGAUGCAGGCCAAAAGGCAAGGCAAAAUUGCCAAAGUGGAGCCAAAGCGAAGCAUAUGAGAAUAUUGAGAGAGAGGGAGAGAGAGAGAGAGAGAGACAUCUCAAUUGUUCAUGUACCAAUAACAGCCAAAGUGAUAAAUUUAACAUUUUUUUAUGUAAUUGUAUAUAUAAUAUAUGUAUAUCUAG